AUGGUUAAGAUUCAGUUUUCAGUUAAAAAUGCUGUUAUUCAAAAAUACACUAUCUUUUUAACAGUGGUUUGUCUAGUUAUGACGUUUAUGAAUAUGAUGAAUCGAAUACACUACAUUGGGGCCAGUUAUGCCCUUGGAGCAAUAUUAAUGGGAAUAACCAAUCACAUCCAUAACGCAUUAACCAUAACAGGAAUAGGAUGUAUUUUGGACAUGCUUCAUCUAAUAUCCCGUAACUAUAAUUCGAGUUGGGCUUCAGUCAGAUAUUUUCAAUGUAUAAUAAAUAUUCUUGCUAUCGUUUACGAGUUAAUGUACAUGAUAAUGUUGCAUUGCUAUUGGCAGUAUACUGAAGCAGCUAAAAUUCAACCACAAACAUCAUGGUUAAAAAACCAAACGAUAUUACCCAUAAAAUUAGGACGAUUCGGUGCUGCAGGAGUUCAAAAUCCAAGUGUUUCAAUACCACAAAAUGUUCAAACAACAGAACCAGAUUCAGCUAUGAAGUCUACUGUACUAAUGCAAGAAUCAAAUGCAGUAGCGCAAAAUUCUAUUACAGAAACAUCAGAAGUGACGACAAAAUCUAGUCAAGCAUUAACAAAACUUAAUGUAACAAUUCCGGAAGAAAAUGUAGUGUCAGAACCUACCGCAAAUAUAGAAUCUAGUGAAACAGCAGAACUUAGUGUAGCAGUAUCAAAACCCACGGUAUCAUCAACAGAACCUAAUGAAGAGGCGCUCAAUUCUAUUGUAGUAACGCCCGAACCUAUUGAAACGACGGAACCUGGUGAAAAUGCAACAGAACUUAAUGAUGCGUUGGCAGACUUUAUAUCACCUGUGCAGGAAUCAAAUUCAGCAGUGUUAGACUCAGAAACACAGAAACCUAUUGAGGCGAUAGAAUCUAAGCCAACAUCAGAAUCUGAUAAAAAAGCUUCAGAAAAAAAUAUUAUAUUAAUGGAGCCCGAUAAAAACGACUCAGAAAAUAAUGUUACUCAACAGCAACAUGAUACGGUAAUUCCAGUACCAAAUGAAGAGAAACAAUAG